GCGAUUAGCCUGAAUUAUGUGCAUGCAUAUUUGGACUCCUUUGCUGUACCUAAGCAGGCAGACAAGCAAGCAAGCAAGCACUGCGUUGGACAAGAAUAGAACACCCGAUGUGCUCCGUCGAAAGGGUUGUUGCUCACCCCCUUGCUAUACAAAUCUGCCCGAGUAACCCACAUACCGACCACAUUGUCAAUGCAUUGUUUGUCCUCCUGCUAUCGUGUUUCAGGUACAUUGCUGGGCGGCAUUCAUCACCGUAUGCCGGUUGCGAAGAAUGGGUGGAUAACUGGGUGGGUGGCAGCUCCGGUCGGCCGGGUUUGCGAUCUGGUAUGUAAGAUGGAGGGAAU